AUUUCGAAAAAGUUACGAUUUCGUGAAAGGUGCAAACGUCCAUUUGCCGGACUUCAUUCGAGAGCUUCAAUCUUGUCAAACAUCUCAAGCCCUAUUUCUGCCAAGUUCGGUCUCUUGCAACAUACACUGCUGCGAUCCUAGGACGACGUUUGACUUUGAUUUGUGACUUUAGUUGAGUAGUCGAGGUGAUAAGGAUCUGUGCAAGCGCUUGACUUCACCUACACCUCGGCUCUGAGUUGAACUGACAGCCAGGGAGACUGGCUCCAGGUCACCGUCAUGUCGCAGAACAGAUAUGUGGUGGUUCCGACCGUCACUGUACUGGCAGUCAUGAAAGCCCGUCUAGUGGGGGCUGUGAAGGGGCACGCUUUACUGAAAAAGAAAGCUGAUGCUUUGACGGUCAGGUUCCGCCAGAUCCUGAAGAAAAUCGUGGACACAAAGCAGAGCAUGGGAAAGACCAUGCGUGAGAGUGCCUUUGCACUGACAGAGGCAAAGUAUGCUGCGGGGGAGUUCAGGCACACGGUCUUUGACAGUGUUGAGACGGCACAAGUGCGCGUGGUUGCUCAGACAGACAAUGUGGCGGGAGUCAAGAUCCCCAAGUUUGAGCAGACCUUGACAGGUGGCGAGGGGAAGAUGGGCCUCACAGGUUUGGGCAAGGGAGGACAGCAAGUGCAGCAGUGCCGAAAGGCGUUCCUGAAGAGUGUGGAGCUGCUGGUGAACCUGGCGUCGCUGCAGACGGCGUUCCUGACGCUGGACGAGGCCAUCAAGACGACUAAUCGCCGAGUCAACGCCCUUGACAACGUCGUGCGGCCCAGGCUCGAAAACACCAUCUCCUACAUCAAGGGAGAGUUGGAUGAGUUGGAGCGCGAGGAGUUCUUCCGGCUGAAGAAGGUGCAGGCCAAGAAGAAGAGGGACGGAGCCAUACAGGAUGCCGAGCGGCGUGCCAGGGGAACAACAACCACAGAAAACGGGGCACCUGCAGCGGACAUGAGCGGGACACCAGAAGACAGUGACAUUGUGUUCUGAGGCAGCGGCCCCAUAACAGCGGAACUGCACCCUCAUGCAGCCUUGACAGGUGGCACAUGGUGGCACAAUCUCAGAUUUUGCGCUGAUUGGCAGAGGCAGUAGCACAUUGGCACAUGUGUAUGCCAGUGGGAGACUCACCGUCUGUCGGACAUCGCAACAAUACUGUGAUUGUAAUGGUUACUGAGCCUUCAUUCUUGGCAUGCAUGAUCUCUACAUGUAGUGGAAGGGUGAUGACAAUGCCUGGGAAUCCCCCGCCACGGCUACGCGUAGUGAAUUUGUGGCGCCAGUGCUACUUCUAGUGAAUCAGUCCAAAUAUUCUGAGUCAGAUCAAUAUAAAGUUUAAACUUAAAUACGAAUAUUCAACCCGAUUGGUUCAUAGCACGGUGCGCCUGAUGUAUAUGUAAGCAUGUAAGCAGUCAAUAUAUUUGC